AAAAUAAAAUUAAUUUUGUUUUAAAGUAUUUUUUUUAAUUUGAUGCUUAUAAUAUGGAACAAACUUAAUGUCAUUACCCCAUUUAAAAAUGUCAAAAGUGUAUUUAUCUUUCUGAAACAGACAUACUUCAUCACAUGUGUGAGUUGUGGACUUCAACUCUCAGAUUCAGAUGCUACCCAGCAUGUUUAUCUUUAACCCAGAAGGUGGCAGUAUGAUCCCACUUACAGCUGAAGAAGUUUGAAGAGGGGAGUUUAUGAUUCUUAAAGCAUUGUAAAACAUGUUUUAUGGCAAAUUCUUUCUCACACAUAUUGAGUAACAUGGCAUUUAAAUUCACAAGAUCUCAAUCUUCUUUUUAUAAUAGUAGUGAUACUGAACUACUUCAUGCUCUGAGUCAUCCAAUUACAGUACGUGAUGAGUCAUAAUACCACACAUGAACCUGUCAACAACUAAGACUGGGGAGAAACAGGAAGUGGUCGCUCUGUCUUUGACAGAGAGAGAGAGAGAGAGAGAGAGCUCAGUGUGUUUCCACGGUUCUCCUGAGGGCCGUGGCAGCCAUGGCGUCAGAGCCAAGCACCCAGUCCAGGGUGAUGUUCCAGGCGACGGACAAAACAGAGGAGCCGGCGCACCGCAAGCUGGGGAAGCUGACAGUCAAAUACAACCGCAAGGACCUGCAGAGGAGGCUGGAUAUCGAGGAGUGGAUCGACGGGCAGCUGCACCUGCUGUUUGACUGUGAGGAGGAAGAUAUCCCGGAGUUAGAGAUUGACAUAGAUGAGCUCCUGGAGCUUUCAGAUGAGGGGCAAAGAACCCGACUGCAGGAGUUGUUGCAGGAAUGCGGAAAGCCAAAAGAGGAUUUUAUCAACGGGCUGCUCUACAGGAUAAAGGGUCUACGCAAAAUGUCAGGUCCCUUGAAGAAAUAAUAGGUCAAAUAAAGAAUUGAG